UUAAGUGCUCUGCGCAGCUCGCGAGGCACUCUCGGUUUAUAGCAACGGGAAAAGCCAUCACCUCAUUGAACGAACGGCACGGCAGUCGGAGGGACUUUGUCGCCUUUGACAGGAGGAUGGCGGUGAAUGUCCACUCAACCUCAAUGACCAUAGAGAACCUGAGUCGCCAUGACAUGUUGGCGUGGGUCAACGACUCUUUACAACUCACCUACACCAAGAUUGAGCAACUCGGUUCAGGUGCAGCAUACUGUCAGUUCAUGGACAUGCUGUUUCCAGGGUGCAUUUUGUUGAAAAAAGUCAAAUUCAAUGCCAAACUGGAACACGAAUACAUCCACAAUUUCAAGGUCUUACAGGCUUCAUUCAAAAGGAUGUCUGUAGAUAAGAUUAUUCCCGUCGAGAGACUCGUCAAAGGCAAGUUCCAGGACAACUUUGAGUUCCUUCAGUGGUUUAAGAAGUUUUUUGAUGCCAACUAUGAUGGAAAAGAAUACGACCCUCUACUGUUACGGCAGGGCCUGGAGGGAACACCGCCGCCCAAUUCAGGUGACCCCAUUGUCCACAAACCUAAAAGACCUGCUCACUCAGGUCCCAUAAGAACAUCUCCCACAGCACCCAAGAGUGUCGCCACCCAGCAGAGGCAGAUUAAUGCACCAGCACCCCGCAGAAACCUUGCCAUGACCCGUAAUGGAGGAGACUCAGAGCUCAUGGAGCUGAACCAGCAGCUGCUUGAUAUGAAGCUGACUUUGGACGGACUAGAGAAAGAGAGGGACUUUUACUUUGGCAAACUGAGAGACAUUGAACUGAUCUGCCAGGACGGAGAUAAUGAAAGUAACCCAGUCCUCAACAAAAUCAUAGACAUACUGUAUGCUACAGAGGAGGGGUUUGCACCACCAGAGGAUGAGGAUGUUGAUGAAGGGGCACGAGCAGACCAGGAGGAGUUCUGAGCUCUCCUUCUGUAUCCCCGCUAAUCAAUUUAACCUUCAUCAUAACCACAGAAAAUAUUCCCCUGUCAUUUUACUUUAAUUUUUACAAGGUUCUCCUUACUCCUCCCAUCUUGUUUGUGGCUGUUCAUUAUCACAUCUUGUUUUUUUUUUUUUUUUUUUUUUUAAAACAGUCUAGCCUACAAAGCAACAAUGUUUGGACCUGUUGGUUUACUCUGCUAAACCAGAGGUGCCACCUACUGGGUGUGAUUGCCCACUAGAUUGUCAUGCAUUAAGGGCCAUACCUUCCCGUUCAUGUGUGAGUUUUUUUUUUUUUUUCUAUGCGCCUGGCUUGGGCACCUUUUACCUACAACGAUUCGCCGGUAAUGACUUCUGACACCCACCGUGCGUAACAGGUGAAUGUAUGCACAACCGCCCAUGAGGCGUGAGUCACGUGACUCAUUGAAGUCUGAAGCUCGCUGUAAUUAAUGGAGCGUGGUAUUUUUCCUGAGACGUGAAUGCCAUAGAAAUCUAUUUGGAAUAUAUGUCACACAAUUAACUUCCGUAACAGAUACCGAAGUUAAUCAUCACCAGUGUACUGUGCGCACCGCUCGACUAACAUGCUAUACCUAAAAAAAUGUACAGUGUAUUCUGUAUGAAAUAAAUACAGUACAAGUAAUUUAAUCAGAAUACUCUGCUUAUGACUGAACGCAUGUUUGGAGGUCCAUCAUAGGAAAGUGGGUGAGCCAGCCAUUGUUUAUCAGCAGUGCCCUGCAAUCAUCUUGCACCACAGACCGGGGGCUAGUCAUUUAAACAGAUUUCAUGACCCACAGAGCAAUUAUUCAAAAUCAAUGAUUCAAAAUCUAACUCACCAUCACACCAUUACGAUGACUACUGUUGUUGUGAGCGGCACUUUCUCAGAUAAACUCCAAGCCGCAGCAUGUUUGAAGUUGAAAAGCUCGCAGGUGAAAGAGUGCUUUGCUGCCGAUAUUUAUCGCCUGUUAAUAUAUAAUAUGAUAUGUCGAUGUCCGGCCAUCAGCGUAAUGUGGGAGGGACACGUUACGACUGUUGGGCAGUCGGUGAGUGUAGUUGAGCGUAUAUGGGCCUGGUGUGUCCCGCACCGUCAGCACGAGCUCUGUUGCUGGGCUGUCAACAGUUAACUGGAUCAAAACUUUCAAUAUGGUUUCACGGUCAUGGGGCGCUAGACUUAAAACAGUCUCUUGAGUGUGGAAGAGAAAAAGUCUCAAGUCUGCGGGAGAAUUCACACCGCCAGAUUUGACAGCGCCCACAUUUCAGGGUUACGCCACCCAGACUGCGUAGCUGAUGUGAGGAUGACAUAUUUGAGUUGAGAAUGCACGCAGCUACAAAAAAGUGUGGUUGUGCGCCUUUUCUGACUCACGGAUACACGAUAAUAUGGCCCUAAGAGCAUUGAGAUUAAUUACAUCAUUGACAGCCUGGAACCAACAGUGCAUGUAGUGUAUGAAGAUGCAUGCGGCUUUCUCUCACCGUGCACUUUGAUUGGGGACGAUAUGCUAAAACACUCAUUAGAAAUUGCUGCAGAUAUUAUGUGGAAUCUAAUUUUUUCCAUACAUUACCCAUGUUGUAGGAUCUUCUGCGUUGGUUUGGUGGUGUAGGUAAGAUUAGAAGUGAUGCAAAUGAAUAUAUUUUGCAUAGUGAAUCUAGCCUGCAGACAUAUCAGAGACUUGCUCACACGCACAUGGAUAAAAAAGUCAUUUGAACUUAAAGAAUGCCUUUAUCGGUCAAAAUAACCCCAAACAGCGUAUUGUUGAGGAAGCAUAUAUUUAUAAUUUUAUUUAUUCUUUUUUUUUUUUUUUUUAAAUCAGCUUGAUCACAAAAAAGGUGGUUUGGGAUUGAAGGUCUUGCGCUAAAUGUAGCAAAAGAACCCCACACGUGAUCAAAUCGCCAACAAGCAGUGAUUGGCUGCAGCCAGAAAGGAAGAUGCAAUUUUAUAUUUUGUAGCUUUUUUUUAAUAUAUAUAUAUCUACAUUGAAUUGCUAAAAAAAAAAGGCCAACUCAGAGUUGUCAUUGUGAAGUGUAUUUAAUAGAAAAAUGUCAGGUUUGAAUUUUAUUAAUGGAGACAAGUCAAAGACACUACUAAAUUAGUAAUGGUUGACUAUUGAUUUUAUGCUCAACAUUGUAGCUGCUAUCUGUUAUGUUGCUGUAUUUAAUUGAUUUUUCAUAUACUACUUAGCACUAAAAUGCCACAGUGUGGUAUGUUGUCACUUGAAGCCUGGCUGAGUGGUCAAAAUUAGUUGGACCUUUUUUGAGAAAACUUAAUAACAGCACAUGUUGCUCAGUUUGUCUCCAAGCUAUUGUGAUGAACAUCUGGACUUACUGUUGGAAUGAAAUAAAGCUCUGAGGUUCAGGAAAAUCAAACCAUUGUCA